UCAGGACAGCCAUGAAUGUGAUGGGAGGGGCGGGCAGAGCAGCAGCAGCAAAUCUGGGGUCCAACAUCCUCUGUGCUGAAGCUUUUCUGCACCUCUUCUGCUUCUAGACCCUCACGAACCUCAGCCCUGUCCACGAAUAUUUCCAGGUCUUAUGCACACAACGAUAGGCGGUAAAGCGAAGCUCGGGGUGGCACCGCGUUAGUGACGAAAACCACAUUUUGUUUGAUUUUUCCCCACUUUGGCCCGGUGUGCCUCAGCAACCAGGAAAAUUGCUUGGUGUAGCUGUAUCGGAGAGAAGGCUCGAGAGGAGGUGAAACUGCGGGACAUGAUGACCGAGAAAGACGCAUCGACAGAGAAGAUAAUCACAGAUGCAAUGGCUGAUCCUUCUCCAGCAAAGAGCAUGGGCGACCCUGGAAUUACACCUCUCUCUCCUUCACACACUCAGCAGAAUGAUACAGACCAGGUACCGUCAGGGCCCUCCUUUGUGGUCGUAGUUGCCAUUGACUUUGGCACCACGUCUAGCGGUUAUGCUUAUGCCUUUGCUAAGGAACCAGAGUGCAUUCACACCAUGAGGCGUUGGGAGGGUGGGGACCCCGGUGUAUCCAAUCAGAAGACACCGACCACCAUCCUUCUCACUCCAGACAGAAAAUUCCACAGUUUUGGUUAUGCGGCUCGUGACUUCUACCACGACCUGGACCCCAGCGAAUCCAAACACUGGCUUUACCUUGAAAAAUUCAAGAUGAAGCUCCACACCACUGCAAACCUGUCCAUCAACACUGACCUCCAUGCAGCUAAUGGGAAGCGUGUCAAAGCUCUGGACAUCUUUGCCUAUGCUUUGGCUUUCUUUAAGGAACAAGCACUGAAGGAGCUGAGUGAUCAGACAGGCGGCGAGUUUGACAACAGUGAUGUUAGAUGGGUGAUCACAGUUCCUGCCAUCUGGAAAAUGCCUGCAAAGCAGUUCAUGAGGGAAGCUGCCUACAAGUCUGGUCUGGUAUCCCGGGAAAACCCUGAGCAGCUGAUCAUUGCCUUAGAACCUGAAGCAGCAUCAAUCUAUUGCCGCAAGCUCCGCCUCCACCAGAUGGUGGACCUGGGCACCCAGACCACACAGAAUGGCUUCAGCCCCUCUGACAAUGUGGGCAGUGGGAUGAGCCAAGCAGCUAAGGAGCAUGUACGGCGCAACCGGCAGAGUCGCACGUUUUUGGUGGAAAAUGUCAUAGGGGAGCUUUGGUCGGAGCUGGAAGAAGGUGACCGAUAUGUGGUGGUGGACUGUGGUGGGGGAACAGUUGACCUGACUGUCCAUCAGAUCCGUCUUCCAGAAGGACAUCUAAAAGAGCUCUACAAGGCUUCGGGUGGCCCCUAUGGGUCCAUUGGGAUUGACUAUGAAUUUGAGAAGCUGCUGUGUAAGAUCUUUGGCCAGGAUUUCAUUGACCAAUUUAAGAUAAAGAGGCCAGCUGCGUGGGUGGAUCUGAUGAUUGCAUUUGAGUCUCGAAAGAGAGCCGCAGCCCCUGACAGAACCAAUCCUCUCAAUAUUAACCUGCCCUUCUCCUUCAUUGACUACUACAAGAAGUUCAGGGGCCACAGUGUGGAACAUGCUCUGCGCAAAAGCAAUGUGGACUUUGUUAAGUGGUCGUCUCAGGGGAUGCUGCGGAUGAGUCCAGAUGCUAUGAACUCCCUCUUUAAGCCCACCAUAGACCACAUCAUCCAACAUCUCACUGAGCUCUUCGAGAAGCCAGAAGUCAGUGACAUCAAGUUCCUGUUUUUAGUGGGAGGUUUUGCCGAGUCUCCCUUGCUGCAGCAAGCCGUUCAGAACAUGCUUCAGGGCCGCAGCCGCAUUAUCAUUCCCCAUGACGUUGGCCUAACCAUCCUGAAAGGCGCUGUUCUGUUUGGCCUGGACCCCAGUGUGAUUAAAGUCCGCCGCUCGCCGCUCACAUACGGGGUUGGUGUCCUCAAUCGUUUUGUGGAGGGGAAGCACCCACCGGAGAAGCUGCUGGUUAAAGAUGGAACACGCUGGUGCACGGAUGUCUUCGACACCUUCAUAGCUGCGGACCAGUCUGUGGCGCUUGGUGAGAUGGUCAAGCGGAGCUACACGCCGGCUAAACCUUCCCAGCAGGUUAUUGUCAUCCAUGUUUACUGCUCUGAGAAGGAGAAUGUGGGCUUCAUCAGCGAGCCCGGUGUCAGGAAGUGUGGGACACUGCGCUUAGACGUGAGCGGAACGGAAAGUACAGCGGCACGCCGAGAGAUCCAGACGCUCAUGCAGUUCGGCGACACAGAGAUCCGAGCCAUGGCAGUGGACGUGUCUACCGGACGCACUGUCAAAGCUAGUAUUGAUUUCCUAAGCCAUUAAGUAUCAAAAGAGAAUUCAUGCUCCAGUCCGGAGCUGUGGAGAUGGACACUAACAGCUUACACAUAUAUACAAACACAUACCUGUAGGGGCGUGUACUGGGAAGGUUCAGUCGCUCUUCAUUUAAGCACUAAAGUGAUGAUGUGUGCAAACUUAACUUAAACGCAGACAUUCAGCUUUAGAAUCCGCGUAUCAUCGAGGUAAGAAGAGAGGCACUAAUGAGAGCUUAGUAUGUUUUAGGUUUGUCACUUCACCACAUCUGUCACGUUUAACUGAUAAGCAGCUUUCUAGUGGUCAUUCCCUCCAAGGAAACCCCUGAACCCAGUGAUGAGGCCACAGGGGUCAGGUUAAAAAGCUCCUGACAGAAGCUUCUUCAUACAUGUUAUGCAGAUCUACUGCCUCUGGCACAGAGAGGAACACAUACAGUGAAUUCAUCUUUGUUUGUUGGUCAGCUCAUGCCAUGUCUAGUUGCUUCACUACAGAAUGUUUUUCUGUUCUGAGACUAUGAAAAGGUCAGUAUACAUCCUCAGAAGAGCUACACAAAAAUAUCUUCACACUGUUAAUGUUCUUCUAUAUAAAAUCGCUGCAAUAUUCAGCCCUUUGAAUGGUUCCCUCGAGGGCAAAACACACCAUUUUCCUUAUAUAUGGCCAGUCUGCCAACUGGACAACUUGCAGUCAUCUUCCAUUUGUGAGAUUACAAGCUUAAAAGUAAGUAGCAUUACUAUGUAAAAAUGCUGUGACAUCUUUGGUUAGCUGCUAAAAGUGAAACAACACUGACUCGCUAUCAUUUACCAAAACUCAACUUAAAAAUAUACACUAAAUCAUUCUUAAUACAUCCAGGACACACGGAAAAAAUAUGAAUUUGAGUCAUUUUGCUCAUUUUCCAUUAAUAGGAGAUGUGAGAGUAGUUCAUAUUUUUAGAUUGAGAGCCUCCAGCAUUGGGCUGACUCUCACUGUCAGGUUCAUUUAAAACAGUUUCACAUAGAUUUCAUUAUUACAUCUACUUACAUACAUAACAGAUCACAUUUGUGCUUCGCCUUUAGCAACGUACUUUAUGUUUACAGCCUCGUGUGUGUAGGGUAUGGUGCACUAAUGGUAAUCACUGUACCAUCUGUAGAAAUAUGGGUUUACUCACUGAGGUUGCUGACUUUUACUAUCCUUUGUCCAUCGCUGAAGUGGAAAGCUUCUUCUACCAGGGAAAAACGUGCUGUCCUCUUCAUGCUUUGGUUUCAUGAUCAGGCCUUUAGACCCAGUACUACACAGACGAAGGGAACCCGUGUAAAGGCUGAAGGUGUGGUGAUUCUAUUGCAACUAUAUUUCUACUGAUAUGUUAAACCAAAAAAAGUAUAUAGCCACUUUAACCAUUAGGCUGAAUCAUGCAAAAGCACCAGCUUGGCCCCUUGAUGUAAUCCAGUGUUAUAUCUGAUUCCAGUAAUGUGAAAUGUGCUGCAAGAUCAAUCCUAAAGAAAGAACAACCAUCAAUGUGCUUAACUGUGGCCUUUAUUAGUUUUUGCUUCUGAUUAUCAGCUGUAGAAAGAAUGACCCCGCCCACUCGAUCUCUUUGAUUGCACGUAAAGUGCAACAGGCCAGUUGAGGCAAACAACAGUGUAUUUAUUUCUGUAAAUACAGUAUUUAAAUAUUGUACAGAUUUUUAGCAUUGUAUGAGCAGCUUCAAAGCCAAGAGUGCAUAUGUCUGUGUUUUUGUGUACGUGCACAUGAAGGAGAGAAGAAAGCUCGUGUUCUGUCACACGGACAUCUUCAACAUGAGAGUUAUAGGCUUUGAUUGUUGUGUUCCUUCAUAGGCUGGAUGCAUCACCUUACUGUUACUUUGCAAUCACACAAAAAAACUUGAAUACCUUUGUCCUUAAAAAUAUUUCAGCCUGUGGGGUUACAUGGUUCCAUGAUCUGAACGUGUGCGGUCCAGCUGGGUCUUCAUUAAAGUGUGAUGCACAGUCAGCAAUAAUCAUACAGGUAAAAUCUCCAGAUUAUUCUACAAAAAAGUCUCAAUCAUGAUAGUGCCUAGCAUGAAUAAAUGUGAUGUUCAAAUUCUGUCACCACCAAGAACAUACAGUGCUUACUGUCACCUGCAACUCAGGUCAUAAAGACAUCAGUUUGUCCCUGCAAUGGAGGAAGAUCCAUAUUUGAAUAAGCAGAAAAAGAUCAAAUUAGAACUUGCAAAACCCGAUUUCAUCGCUUAGCCUGUUUUUGACUUAAAAUUAAUUUGUUGAAACGUCUGUAAGAUUCAAACUUUAACUGUUGGCCUUUCUAGUCUCAGUGUUGCGAAGAUGUAGGAGGCAGUCUGCCCUUUAACAGUCAUUGCAUUAGGGCCAUAUUAUUGUUUAAAUUUCAUGCUUUGGAAAGUUACAAAUACAUACUUUAAGAAAAACUUUGAUGUGUACUCAGUAUACAUCAGCACCCACAGGUGCCAUCAUUAGAGUGGCACCUGUGGGCCACACUGACAGAGUCAGCAGGACGGGGCAAUGAUCUGAGAUUUAGGAGGAAAAAAACACUCAAACAUUCUACCAUUAAAGUCUCAGCUGCAACAAACUCCCUUUGGGUUGUUGGAUUAUAUAAUCGCACUUUUUGAAUUUCAUUUUUUCACUGCCAUGGACCAUAUAUGCAGCAGUUAUGAGUUAUGUAUAAGUCUGAAUUAUUACUGAUUUCCUUUGAUCCUUUGUUUAAACUGUGAAUUAAAGCUGGUCUCGCCUUUCAGUGUAAAUGUACAAAGCUGCACAAGCUUCGGUGCCCUCUGCUGUCUUCAGCGCUCUUUCUGCAAUGCACGUUUUGCAUGUGUCGCAUAGGAAUGACUGCUAUUACUAAUACACACAACCACGCUUAACUACUCAUAAUUACUCUGGUAGUGUCCUCUUUUUGAGCUCUGGUAUUUGAGCUUAAACGAUGGCAGCUCAUAACAAACAUUACUGAUAACUGAACUAAUAACCUUUUAUUUUACACAUCUCUGUGUUCACAAAGUAUAAAUGUAAUGCUCUAAUAGCACCGUGGUUUUCUUGUUUAAUAUUAGACGAUUGCUAUGUGUUUUGUACAACUUUGAGUGUUAUGUGAUGCACAGGGUACUGUUAUGUAGCAGCUUUUUACUUAAAGCUAUAACAAGGUUAGCAGAAGACAUGUUUAGCUGACUAUCUGACUUUAGCUGACUUUAUUCUUGGUGUGUGAAGCAUCAUUUUCAGUCGAUGAGUCUGAUUUCAGGUUAUUUGGAUGUGAUUUGAGUAGCACUCUAGUCAGCUUGCUUGUCUUUAAGCAUCUCCUUAAGACUCUCUAGAAAAUCCAGGAAUUCACAGCUAAAAUCACAGAGCUUGUAGUAAGGAUCACGUCAGCCACUCUGGAACGCAAAAACUAAGCAAACUUUAUUGUUUAAGCAAAGACAUUUUUAUGUUUAUUAUUUUUCAUGCAGUACUAUGUGUAUUAUUUUGCCAAUGCCAGAUAUUCACUGUCACUAAUAAAAUGUUUAUUUCAAA